UAACGGCGUGUGUGUUGUGUGUGUGAUGCUGUCAGAGUCACUUGAGAGAUGGCGCAGUCGUAGCCGGACGGUCAUCUCCAGUAUUUACACUAUAUUUACCCACUUUCAAACGCGCGCACAAAGGACGAAAAUACGUAAACAAGAGGAAAGACACUGCCGACCUCGGCCUCGUGGUAGCCAUGGGCCAUGGUGUGGGCUGAGGACCCGGAGGGCUUUAAACACACCUACUGCUUCCACGUCUGUGUAUGACAUGGCCACGGCUCUAUCCAGAUCAGACUGUCGCAAUAACCACGGAAGGACAGAUCAGCUCCAUGCCAUCGUUAUAUGUGCCAAACUCAAGCGGAAGAAGAACUGGUUCGGUGCGACCGUUUACGUGGAGGUGACAGCGGAGGGAGAGAGCAGGAAGACAACAAAGUCUCACAACCCCUCCAGCCCCAAGUGGGAUGACCGACUCACUCUGAAUGUAACGCCGCAGUCGCAGUUGGAGUUUAAAGUAUGGACCCAUUACGCUUUAAAGGCAGAUGCUCUGCUAGGGAAAGCCACUCUGGACCUGCGCCAAGCCCUGGAGAAGCACGACAGGAAACUUGAAAACGUAAAAGAGGUGCUGAAGCUGACUCUGGAGAACAAAAACGGCGUGGUGAAUUCCGGAGAGCUCACGGUGAUCCUGGACGGCCUCACCGUCGAGCAGGAGCCGCUACACAACGGAAACACCGUCACUACCACCAAAGUUCAACAGAACGGAGAUGCUAUUCAUGAGAACGGGGAGGAAAACACCAGAGCUCCGAGCAGCUCAGUGAAUGGUGUGCUCGGCGUCGAAAGCGAGGCCCCGUCCACCUCCUCCGGCAACAGCGAUGGCAGCACCGGCCCUGUUGUCAAUGGCGAUGCAGAGUCCACACCCACACAGCAGACUGCUAUGUCUACCACGAAUCCCGCUGAACGAAGUGUGCCAAGUACGACUGUUAAUGGGGAAAACUCUGCAGAUGCUGCUUUAGAAGAGAUGGUGCUGCCCUCUGCUGGUGGUGCUGAGGAAGAGCAUGAACCUGUCUCCACUUUCCCUUCAGCCUCCACCUCCUCUCAGAACCAGUCUGCAGCUGUUUCCUCCAGCACUCAGCUCAGCACUGGUGCUGCCUCUUCUUCCACUUCCUCAUCUGCACCCAGUCAGGCAGGAGCUGAUGCCACUGCUUCUGCACCAGACGCUGCUUCGGGCACCAGCACAGUCACAGAUGGAGCCAAACCUCGACAGCAGCCGCCCAACGCUAGCGCCCCAGACCCUCUGCCCCCUGGGUGGGAACAGAGGAAGGACCCACAUGGCCGAACCUACUACGUUGAUCACAAUACAAGAACCACAACAUGGGAAAGACCACAACCUCUGCCCUCAGGCUGGGAGAGGCGAGUGGACACCCGCGGCCGGAUCUACUACGUAGACCACAACACGCGUACCACCACGUGGCAACGGCCAACCAUGGAGUCGGUGCGCAACUUUGAACAGUGGCAGUCCCAAAGAAGCCAGCUACAGGGCGCUAUGCACCAGUUCAACCAGAGAUACCUCUACUCGGCUUCAAUGAUGUCUGCAGAAAAUGACCCUCUCGGUCCGCUACCUCCUGGUUGGGAGAGACGUGUAGAUUCAAACGACCGAGUGUAUUUCGUUAACCACAACACGAAGACCACACAGUGGGAAGACCCUCGCACACAAGGGCAAAACGAGGACCCUCUGCCCGAAGGCUGGGAGAUCCGUUACACAAGAGAGGGCGUGCGCUACUUCGUGGAUCACAACACUCGCACUACAACCUUCAGUGACCCAAGGACCGGCAAGUCCUCCGUCACUAAAGGGCCCCAAAUAGCAUACGAGCGCAGCUUCCGAUGGAAACUAGCUCACUUCCGCUACCUGUGCCAGUCCAACGCGCUCCCCAGUCAUGUUAAGAUCACAGUCUCUAGACAAUCAUUGUUCGAAGACUCUUUCCAGCAAAUAAUGGCUCUGAAGCCGUAUGAUCUUAGGAGAAGGCUUUAUAUCAUUUUCAAAGGCGAGGAGGGGCUUGACUAUGGAGGCCUUGCCAGGGAAUGGUUUUUCCUCCUCUCGCACGAGGUCCUCAACCCCAUGUACUGUCUGUUCGAGUAUGCCGGCAAGAGCAACUACUGUCUGCAGAUAAAUCCCGCAUCCACCAUCAACCCGGAUCACCUGACCUACUUCUGCUUCAUCGGCCGCUUCAUCGCUAUGGCGCUCUUCCAUGGAAAGUUCAUCGAUACAGGCUUCUCCUUGCCCUUUUACAAGCGUAUGCUCAACAAGAAGCUCCUCCUGAAAGACCUGGAGUCCAUCGAUCCAGAGUUCUACAACUCUCUGAUCUGGAUUCGGGACAACAACAUAGAGGAGUGCAGCUUGGAAAUGUACUUCACUGUCGAUAUGGAGAUUCUAGGCAAAAUCACGUCUCACAACCUGAAACCAGACGGCGAUAACAUCCUGGUGACCGAGGAGAACAAGGAGGAGUAUAUUGGGUUAAUGGCGGAGUGGCGCUUUUCUCGAGGUGUCGAGGGUCAAACCAAAGCGUUUCUGGACGGCUUUAACGAGGUCGUGCCCCUGCAGUGGCUGCAGUACUUUGACGAAAAGGAGUUAGAGGUGAUGCUUUGCGGGAUGCAGGAGGUGGAUCUUCAGGACUGGCAGAGAAACACUGUGUUUCGCCACUAUACCAGGAACAGCAAACAGAUCAUGUGGUUCUGGCAGUUUGUAAAAGAGGUGGAUAACGAGGUUCGUUUGCGGCUGCUGCAGUUCGUCACGGGCACCUGCAGACUACCCCUGGGGGGUUUCGCUGAACUCAUGGGGAGUAACGGGCCUCAGAAGUUCUGCAUCGAGAAAGUUGGCAAGGAGACGUGGCUUCCCCGGAGUCAUACAUGCUUUAAUCGCCUUGACUUGCCGCCGUACAAAAGCUUCGAACAGUUAAAAGAGAAGCUCCUUUUCGCCAUCGAGGAAACCGAAGGAUUCGGACAAGAGUAGAGAACUGUCCUCUCUGCAGCAGCACGUCCGGCAGAACAGGGGAAAAUAAACAUGAAAUACACAAGAAAAAAAAUUGCACAGAGAACUAUCAAUGUACAUAAGCUAUUUUCUCAUUUUAAACCAAAUCUUAAUCCGAAACCUCAUUUAGCAAUCUCCAUAACAUUAUUCCCCAUGAUUAUGCAAGCAUUUUAUCUUGGUUUUUUUUGUUUGUUUUUUCUUCCCUUAUCUUUUAAAAGCAGAAAUCUAAAUACAAUAAUGGACGUUGGUUUGGUUGUUGUUUUUGUUUUUUAAAGGGGAUUUGACCCGGGGGAAAAAAAAAAAAUCAGAAAGGAUUUUAUAAUUAAAACCAUAAACUACAGCUCUAGUUUUAUAGAGCGCUUAAAGAA